AUGUUUCUAAAGCACAUCGAACUCACUACUGCCCUGAGACCAGCCUAUCUCCCGGAUGAGGUCUUGCUUUUCGUGCAGGACAAUGUGGGACUCUAUGAGGGGAAGUUCAAGAUCCCAAACCACCAGAAUGGCUCGGUAUAUUUAACCUCACAUCGGAUAUGCUAUGUUGACAAUGGAGACCCACGAAAGAACUCCACCGCCAUUGAUCUGAAAGAUGGUGGCUUUUUGAAAUCAUCCCCCAAGAUUACUCUUGUCCCCAAGCCUUUCAAAGGAACGCCUAUUCAAAAUCGAACCGUAUCAAAUCUCAGUACAUCGUCCAGAAGCGCCACCGCAUCGCCAGCACGUACAGAUGCUCCGUUCCAUCUGCCAGCACCAGAUCCAAUACCUGCGAGUGCUGCGACUUGGAUCUGUACAAUAUGCUCCUUCUCGAACCCAGUACCCUCGAACUUCGAUCCAUACUCUGCGAACGAAAGGACGCCGCUGGCUCCAUGUCUAGCAUGUGGAAUCAAGCCAACAUAUGCACUGGUUAUGAAGGCUGCCAUUACUGCUGCUACAAAUCGGGCGGUGCAAGCACCUCCAGUCCCAUUGAGGGCCCCUCUACCACUUCGGGGCAAGACAGACGGUCCCGGACCUCAGUCAGAUGCAUGGCCAGAUAUGGGCUGCAGCAGUUCUGGCCUGGAAACUAAACCCCAGACAGGCACAGGGCCAUCAUUUCAGUGCCCCCGAUGUACAUUUCUGAACCAUCCUUCCCUAGUGUCCUGUGAGUUGUGUGGUGCGCCUCUAAUAUCCCAAAACAUACCCGCAGGGCUCGACAAUUCUGCUGCGCGGACAGAGUCCCCUGGACCAACCCUUCAAACUAUGUCUCUCCCCGGCCCCGAAAAUAGCGAGAGCUUCAAACUGUCAUUUCGUGCAGGAGGAGGCCCUAUACUGUUCGAACGUCUGAAGGGCGCCAUGCAACAGCGUAAAUGGCUCCUACAAGGUGCACCUCCGGUUCCCACUGCUGCAGAACGUGAAAGGUCUGGGUCCGGAUCCUCAACGCCAUCGGGAGAACGAGUAAAGACUGUCGGAAUUGCCGGUCUCGAACAGCGCCGUAUCGACAUGCGCAAGAACAACGAGCUGGUGAUCGGUAACGCAUUCGAAGACCUUGAAGCCUUGAUGGCGUCUGCUAAAGAGAUCGUCGCCUUGGCCGAAUCGUUCGCCUCUUCAAACGGAGUCGGAGGCGCCGAAUCGAACGCAGUAGCUAACGCUCUUGGCUUGGUCACCACAAAGGAUAUGCUGGGUGGAGGGAGCAACUCAGAAUCCCUAUACAUCUCCGAACUCUCCCGUAACCUGGCUGAGUUCCUUACCGACGACGCGAGAGGUGUCCUCCGCAAAUCAGGCGGUAUUGUGAGUUUAGUCGAUCUCUGGGCAGUAUUCAAUCGUGCCCGCGGCGGCGUGGAACUCGUUAGUCCUCUCGAUUUCGAGAAAGCCGCUCGCUUGUGGGAGAAACUGAAACUCCCCGUUCGACUCCGCGAAUUCAAAAGCGGUGUCCUCGUUGUUCAAGGCAGUGAUCGCACGGAUGAAAAGACGAUCAAGACACUACUCGCCUGGCUCAACGAUCUUCAUGUCUUCCCACCCGACAGAGAAGUAGAGUGGGACUGGCAGGUUUUUGGUAGAGGCGUUACAGCGCAGGAUGCAGCAGAGAGGUUUGGCUGGAGUAUUGGAGUUGCGGAGGAGGAGCUUGAGAUGGCUGAGGAGAAAGGGGCGCUCUGUAGGGAGGAGGGGAUCGAGGGGCUGAAGUUCUGGGAGAAUUGGAUUGAUGAUACGCAGGCCCCUGAUCGGGGUGCGGCUCUGGCCGUGUGA